UAUUAUACGCCCAGAGAUAUUUAUUUAUUUGGCUUGGUUGACACCCAGAGAGGACAUCCUGGGAGGAAAUGACUUUUGAAGCUGCCCCAUAUCCCACUUUGCCAUGCUGCCCUGAUGCCUACCUCCAGCGGUUUGUGGACACCCCAGGCCAUUUCUCGUGGAUGGAGAGUUACUACCACUCUACCAUGCCUCAAGGCUCGCAGGCGAGAGAAUAUGGCCGUCCGGAAGUUUUCCAGCAAAUCUGGGAUAUCCUCGAUCAUCAGCCGAUCUGCUCGGUUCAGCCCAUUGACUUGAAUUUCUUGGAGGAGCAAACGGAAAAUGGCCCCGCAAACAAAAUUGAGAUCAGCAUGGAUUGCAUUCGGAUGCAGGAUUCGGAGAUCAGAGACCCAAUGUGGGUGAGUAGCCAAUGUCAGGAUGCUGCGCUGAGGCUGAGAGGUGACUUUGCUCAGGCCAAGUGCAGAGUUCACGUCAGAGAGAUUGGUGAUAAGGAUUCCUUCGCCACUUAA